AUGUAUAUUAAUAAAGAUGAAUUGUUGGUCGUACGUCACCGAAAUCCGAGAAAUUCAGAAGUUGAUCCGAAGAGUAUCCCACCUGUUGAGGUGGGUGUAACGGUGAUAGACGUUGAUUUAAUGCCCAGAAGAUCAAUAAAGUCUCUUUAUUCAGAUUGGCGCGCCCCGAUGACGGAUGAGUCGGAGUCUGGUCGGAGAGGGCGAACUCACCCUCGUCUGAUACGACCCUCGGAGCACCUCGCCAUGGUGGAACAGGCCAGGGAGCAGGCCCGGGGACUCUCUAGGGACCAGGGCAGGGAGAGGCGGCAGUCCGAAGGCCGGGAUCGAAGACCGGUGCAUCUGGUUCCCUCGGUGACAGUCGUUCAAGGACCUCGGCCUCCGCCCCCGCCUGGCCCAAGGCCCUACAUGCCAGCCCCAGUGAGAAUGCCGGCGCCGAUCAAGUCAGUUCCACCUCCCGUUACGAGGAUACCGCAGCCGAGGAGAGAUGUUCAGCCUCCGUCGAUCGUCCAGGCUCCAGCUGUUCUCUCCCCGCCGGUGUUUCCUUCACCCCCCGCACCCCCCGGAGUCCUCGCCCCCUCAGCUCCCAUCUCAUCCACUUCUCUCACAACAAACUGCUCCGCACCAAGGACCAUCGUCAUCCAGCGACCAGACGCCAGGCACGGCUUCGGCUUUACACUCAGACAUCUCGUUGUUUACCCACCGGAGUCGUUAAACGAGCUAUACGAGGAUGCGCGCCACCUCGCUGUGGGCGCGGUGGGCGCUCCGAUGGACACGAUCUUCGUGAGGUCUGUGCGUGCGGGCGGGCCAGCGGCGGCCGCGGGGCUGCGAGCCGGCGACCGUGUGCUGGCCGUCAACGGAGAGCCGGUAGCCUGCGGCCGUUCGCGAGCGCCCUACGCCAGGGUUGUGCAACUAGCGCAGAGAGAACCCAGGGUGUUGAGGCUCACCGUCGUGCCGAGGGAUCACGAUCUCUUACAGAGGUAUUUCAGCGAAGCAGCAUACAACCCGGAGACUAACCAGCGACAUAGCGAGAUGCCGGCGGUGACGGAGCACGAGUCGCGCCUGUUCGACGCCUACCGUCGACCAACGGCAGGAAGACAUGACCGUCCUACCGCUGUCCGACACGACCGUCCGACCACGGUGCGGCACGACCGUCCCAACGAGCCGGAGUACGCGACGGUGGCGCCACCACCCAGGAUCGACGCUCCACGACUAUCAGCGACGCAUUAUAUCAUGCAUGAUGGCAGGAGAGAAUCCGAUACUUCCUUGCCAUCAUCGGCCACAGAGAGUAAAGACAGUCUCGGCUCAUUUGACUCGAACUCGACACUGACGGGCCGAGAACUGGACGAUUCGAUUAUCCUCUCCCGAAUACGAAAGAGUCUGGAACAGAAGGAGGCGUUCCUAAGACGUCCCAGCCAACCCACGGGAUGGCUCACUCCAGACGCCCCACCGCCGAUUAAACAAAAGGAAUUCUACGCAAGGCCACAGAAAUUGCAGAAGCAAUCCUGGCCACCGCCGCCUUCUUCCCCACCACUGGCCGCUUCCCCUCCGCUAUCUCUGCUACAACCAACAAACCAGGAGCUCAAAACAGACGAAUGCGCUACCAGCGUAGAUAGCGGAACGUACAGCGGAUACGGCGAGUUGAACGGUACUCACAACGAUAAAAACAGAUUGAAGCAAGACAAAACACAGUUUGUGGCAACGUUGUCCAAAAUACAGGAAACAUCGCCGAAUGUACACAAUAGCACGAAUAUGGGACCGCUGAGUAACGGAUCGUCAGUUGAAUUCAGAGAUGAGAAUAUAGCUUCUAAUAAUCAGGACAAUAGGUACCCGGUACCCGAGCUCCAACUCGUCACAGCUCGUACCCGUCAGUUGGAAGAAGCUCGUGUUGGUGAAAGAAGAACUGAAGUUGCUAGAAGCGAAUUAGCGCGACUGACAACAACCAGACUAGAACCGAGCGUGGCGCUACGUAGGAAGGAAUUCGAAGCUAGAGCGGCCAGGAGAGAGGCGCGGUCACUGGAUGUACAACCCCAGCAAGACUUAGAGGAAGAAUCGACACCCAUUGGCGGCAGCUUAUCGGGCAACCAGCUUAUGAUCACCGGCAGCAAGCACCUCCAUUGUACCCCUCCCGCAGGAUUCGCUCCCGAAAUAGAAAAGGUUCAAAUGCGAACAAGGUCGAAUAGUACCGGUAGUGAAGGAUUACCCAUUAGAAGACAUCAUGCCACAGAUGGCAGUCACGCGAAGAGACGCAUGGGGCUGAACAGGGAACAGAUGGAGGCGAUGAACCGCGUGUCGCUGCCGGGCGGCGCGGCGCGGCCCACUCGGCUCAGCCUGGCGCCGCCCUCGCCCACGCCGCCCACGUCCUCGGGCUCGGCGCACACGUCCGGCUCACCAACGCCCACCACGCCCGCUGACUCAGGUUUUGCUGACGACUUGGUUACGAGAAGACACAAAAAGGAUGCGCAAAUGGGAGAAGAAGAACGUGCAAUGAGAAGGGUGUCCUACCUUAAAGCUACGUGGGGAGACAGACUACACUUAGACAGCGAUGUGGAGCCAGAGGCUGAACAAAACGCUCUCAGGAGUGCUUAUCGCAAAUGGCGGCCACCAAGAUUCACAGAGGACAUAACGCCGUUGCUACGGAUAUUCGACCCUCAAGCGUCGAUUCCAACGCGUCCGGAGAAGAAGUCCCAAGAAAGUACCGAAAACUCCGAGGAAGUUGAAGCAGACGUACAAGGGAACGUUCAGAUAAAGAUGGUGGUGAGCAAUGGAAAGCGAGCCAGUGAUCGCUCGUGGAAGCAAGUCUGGGCGAUGCUGCAAGGAACUAAGCUGUACCUGUACAGACAUCAUCCUACACAGGUAAGGGACUUUUACUAUACAACAAAUAAGCACUACGAUUACAAAAGCCCCGGUGCUGUAAGCGGUAGCGGAGGAUCGGCCUCCACUGUGACCGAGGGCGGCUCAAGAGAUGCUCUCGACGUCCGCUACUCUCUCGCUGCUCUAGCAGACGAUUACACGAAGAGAAAACACGUAGUAAGGGUCACUACGGCCGCUGGUGCAGAACUUCUGCUACAGGCUGAAGGCGCGGCAGAUGCACAGCGUUGGUUGGCAGCACUCAGAAGACAUUCCGCAGAACCACCGCCAUCAGAGCCUGUGUCUAUACCACAAGCGCCGGCCUCCGUGCCUGCUACUGCCACCAGCGCGCCGGCUACAGUGGAGUGUCCUUCGCCUUUACCACCACAAAGAAACAAGAAGAUUGGCAGGAACAGGUCGCCUACCGGUCCUCCAACACCUACUCUGCCUUCGUCCCCCAAGAACAAGACUUGGAAGGGUCGUAUGGCCAAACAGCUGCGUCGUAUGCACGGCGGUGCCAGUGCAGCUCCGCCAGUCACUGGCUGGCUGGGCGCUCCACUGGACCGCUGUCCCAGCGACCCUGAACACCCGCUUGUGCCUAAAGCUGUCACCUUACCCGCUCAUGCUGUAGAGGCGUACGGUCUCCGCACAGUAGGGGUGUACCGUGUGCCAGGUAACGCGGCCGGUGUAGCAGCCCUGGCCGCAGCCCUGGACCGAGGAGAGCCUCCCCCCGCUGAUGACUCACGCUGGGCGGACGUCCAUGUAGCCUCCAGCUUGCUCAAAGCCUACCUGAGACGACUGCCCGACCCUAUACUCACCGCACACUUAUAUCCUGCUUUCAUUGCGGCCGAUCGUUCCCCCGAGAGAGCUCGCGAACUCCGCAAGCUGGUCCACGCCCUGCCGGACCCUCACUAUGAAACACUCAAGUACCUGAUCCAACAUUUGCGCAAAGUGGUCGCAAACUCCGCUUAUAAUAAAAUGGAAGCGAGAAACCUGGCCAUCGUGUUCGGGCCGACGUUGGUGCGCGCAGCGAGUGACGACAUGCUGGCGAUGGUCAAUGAUAUGUCCAGUCAGUGUCGCAUUAUAGAAUCCUUCUUAACACAUUACGAAUGGUACUUCGAAGAGGAAGAAGGCUGUCCCCCGACGGAGCCCCCCCCGCCGGGAGACGCCCUGACCCCCGCGCCCGCCCCCUCCCGCGACCUGCUCAUACAUAACGUCAAGAAGAUAGAAGGCAAGGACGUGUCCACACGUGACAUAGUGUCGUCUAUAAUAUCGGCCGCCAACCGUAAGAUCCAGCGCAAGCCUCGCAAGACUGAUAAGAAGUGGGAGGAGAAGGCUCGCUCGCCCGCGGGCUCCCCUCCCCGCUCCCCGCUCGCCUCGCCCCCCUCGCCCUCGGCCGCACACACACACACGCACACGCACGUCACCACGCUCGCACACUACGACGGUCUGCCGCACUACAUGGAGCAGCACCACCAAACUACCAACAAAAUUGAAAUGGAGUCAGUGACCUCGAUGGGCCGCGCGAGACAGGAGAUAUCGCGACACACGCACGCCUUCAAUAACUUUUCUAUAGACGAAACCGGCGACCUGGUGUCCUCCCUAACCAGCACCUUCGACCAGAAGCUCCGCUCCCUCAACAACUCAUCGCCUCUCGACGACGGCAGCAUCCCGUACGCCGACGAGUGCCAGGAAGACGCCGACGAGGGCAAGUCCAGCGCCUCGCCCUCCGAGGCGGGCUCCGUCCGGGGCGCGUCCCCCGCCCGGCCCCGCGCCGACCAGCUCAAGGCGGCCUGGCUCAGGUCCGGCUCCUCCUCCUCCGACGAGCACGACGCGCGCUGGCCCCCGCCCCGGACCCUUCCGCCCGGCCCGCCCGCCGCGCCCGGACCCCUCGGACCCAUCGGCUCUCACGAUGACACGGACGACUCUGAAAAAGAGAACUCCGGCCCCAAGAACGGCCCCGACGAUGACAAGGACGUCGAUACGCGGUCCCAGGCCUCCGCCGGGGACUCCCCCGACAACGACCGCAGCGCCGCCUCCGCGGGCGAGGCUCCGCGCCGCUCCGAGUCUCUGGGCCGCGUGCUCCGCUCCGAGAGCCUCAACUGCCGCGCCGACCGGCCGCAGCGCUCGGAGUCACUCAGCAAGGAGCGGCCGACCAAGCUGGAGAAGGGCGAGUGGAACGUGGUGCGGCGGCGCGAGGCGGGCGCCUGGCGGUCCACCAAGCUCAAGAGGAAGAACGGUAUGCCGGAGCGAGGCAUCAAGCGGCGCCACACGGUCGGCGGCACCAAGGACUUCGACAAGGACGGCUGGGCGGCGCGACACACGCGGACCUCCUCCCCGGACCUUUCGACAUGA